AUGUCUCUUGCACUAGCAAAAGACUUGGGAUUCAAGGAAUUCAAGGGAUUCAAGGAAUUCAAGAGUCCAAAGGAGAAGAAGAAACCAUUGGAGCUGAAACAUAAAGAUGUCUUCAAGGACAUCAACUCGGUUUUGCUUCCAAGCUUUGAUGAAUAUGGAGGUGAAGAGGAGCCUGAUGGUGUGUCUAAGUCCUUCCACCAGAUAAGAAUCCUUACCCCCAUGGAUCCGGAGCUUAAAGAUGAUCAUUCCAUGAAGGAGAAACUCGGGAAGACCAUGAAGCUUUUCCCAAGGAUGACAUGGGAAACGAUCUUGGAGAGACCAAACCACCACAAGAGCCUCCUGAACCAGAGAAUUGAGAAGCUAAAGGGACCCCAAACCCUUUUAGUUGCUCUUCCCAACACUUAA